AUGGCGUCCGUCCCACCAUCAACUGCUAUGAACCUCAAUGUCGGUGUUGACUCGUCUCCAGUCUCAACUUCAACUUGUAAUGCUCUCGAUGUAAAUUCCUUUAUCGAACGAACCAAAGAAGUUAAAGUGGAUGUAAAUGAUUAUUCUCGUUUUAAAAACAUUGGCGCUGACUCCGACGAAGACGAAGAUCCCGUGGCUCGUGUGGACGCAUCAAAGUGUCGCAAUUGCAGUAAAAAAGGGGCAAAACUCAAGUGCAGCGUGUGUAAAAAGGUCGUCUAUUGCGCCCGGAAAUGUCAAGCAAGUGACUGGCCAUUCCAUAGACGCAUUUGUAAGACACCAGAAACGAGAAAAAACCCGGAAGUAGUACGUCGAGCUUCUGUGAAGCAAUCGACGUCUACUUCAUCCUCUUCGAGCUCGUCUUUUUUGAAACAAAAGACGACCAUUUCAAGUGACAACAAGUCAAAAGAGACCCGUGGUAAGUCGUCCAUUGUGGUGACGGAUGAACCGGAUUUACCGGAUAAUAUGAGAGGUUAUAAGAAUGGACUUCCAUAUUUUCAUCGAGAAUUAUCCAAGGAAGAAGAGACUUUAAUUGGAGACAUUGCACCCCAAAAAAUUGAACCAAAACCUGUGACGGCGACAUCAGUGCAACAUGAUGGAUCUGCUUGGAACACGGCGGGUACAUUUGAAGAACGUGUGGUGACCAAGUGGGCAGAGGAAAAGUGGACCGACGUCUUUACGGGUGCAACCUAUGUGGAAAACAAUAUGCAGGCGACAUUAAAAGCGCCUGAGAAAAUUGCGGGUGAUGCUAGUAUCUGCGUUGUACGAGGCAAGAAACGGUAUUUGUUUGACUUCAACUUGAAUCUUCCCUUUGAAGUCUCGGUUAGUGGUGGAGGUACUUGCAAAGGCUUGUAUGAAAUGAACGACAUCUCGAACGACGAGGAUUAUCAGAUCUCGUGUAGGUUGACCGACAAGCUCAGCAAUGCCAGCGAACAAAGUGCUGUGGAGGCGUUCGUUGCCAAGAAAAACAGCGGCCUCCAGAAGGAAUUGAUGCGACUGAUUGGCGUGUUUGCGAACGAUUUUCAACAGCAAUAG